CCUCCUAAAAUAUUCGCCAACUUGCAAAAUCCCACAGCCCUUUUCUCCUGCUUAUAAGGAAGAGCAUGGCAGCCUCUUCCCCAUACCAUCAUCCACCCUUGACUUCAGUCUUCUAGCUCAUUGACUCCAGCGACCCCAAACCCUUUCUCUGCAUUCCUUCUCUUCCCCACUCUCAAACUCCACAAGCAUCAUCACCAUCUCCUUUAGUUUUUGCGGUUCAUUUCUUUACCUAAUCGAGUAAUGGCAUCCCUGAGUUCGUCGAGGAAUUCCAACUCCUCCUGGACGCCGAAGCAGAACAAGCUGUUCGAGAAGGCCCUGGCUGUGUACGACAAGGACACGCAGGACCGGUGGCACAAUGUUGCCAAGGCUGUGGGUGGAAAAUCAGCUGAGGAAGUCAAGAGGCACUAUGAGAUUCUGGUGCAGGAUCUCAUGCAUAUAGAAUCUGGCCAAGUCGCUAUACCCAACUACAGGAACACUGGAAGCAGCUCUAGAGGAAUCGCUGAUUAUGAACAGAGGCUUAUGAAAAAUUUGAAGAUCUGAAGCAAUGUAAAAACCACAUGCAAUGUGCUCUAUGAUGGUGCCUGUUAGUUGCUACUUCCAAGUACGAAGUGUGAAUGUGUUACCGAUUUCCUACAAGAAAUUAAGCAAAAUGUUGUGUUUCUGUCUCUCUGCAUUUGUAGUGUGAAUUUCAUUUUCUUAUUGCAUGGUUGCACAAAAUCCUUGUAGGCAAUUUCAUCAAGAAACGAGAGCCACACUUC